CUCUGCUGGACGACGGAGCGCCGCAGACCCGCGCCCAACGCCAGCCCUACAUGUCCGUUCAUUAUAACUGCGGCACCCACAUGGUCGAAGCCCGCAAGUGCUGAGUGUGCGAGCGUGUUUGUGCGACGGGCAGGAAGCGGCGCAGAGUGGGAACAGGGCGGGAGGAAGCACGUUUCGUCAUGACGCGAAUUCGCAAAUGCAAUGCAUGUUCCGGCACACAUGGGAUGGGGGCGCUAACACCAGUUCACGCUAGCCCGCCCGGCUCGCCUCUGCAUUUUUUGUCAACUUUCUCUUAUCGAUAACCCCGCCCGCCUGCGACAAUCUCACGACAAUUCUCAGCGACGCCCAAUACACCGCAGCACAGAAAGAGACGGAACAACCACACAAAAUGCCGGCCCCCACAGCGCUCCAGCGCCGCCCCGAAGACCUCGCAGAAGACGUCACCAUGGAAGCGACCAACAUCCCGCUCCCCGCCGAAGACGAAGACGCCGAACUACUCGACAUGAGCGCGCUGCCCACCGACUUCCCCCCCGACGCCCCCGACGCCCCCACAGAAGACGCCCUCAUGACCGACGAGACGGGCCGCCCCAAGUUCGCGCCCUCCAAAUCCAUACCCCUCGCCUUCCGCCGCGAGCAGCGCAAAGUCCCCAUCCCCCCACACCGCAUGACGCCGCUGAAGAACGCAUGGCCCAAGAUCUACCCCCCCCUCGUCGAACACCUCAAGCUCCAAGUCCGCAUGAACAUCAAAUCCAAGUCCGUCGAGCUGCGCACGUCCUCCGCCACGACCGAGACAGGCGCGCUGCAAAAAGGCGAAGACUUCGUAAAAGCCUUCACGCUGGGCUUCGACGUCGACGACGCCAUCGCCCUGCUGCGCCUCGACGACCUGUACAUCGAGACGUUUGAGAUCAAGGACGUCAAGACGCUGCAGGGCGAGCACAUGGGCCGCGCCAUUGGCCGCAUAGCAGGCAAAGACGGCAAGACAAAGUUUGCCAUUGAGAACGCGAGUCGCACUAGAGUCGUCCUGGCGGACCAGAAGAUCCAUAUCCUGGGUGGAUUCAAGAAUAUUCAUGUUGCGCGCGAGGCUAUUGUGAGUCUGAUUUUGGGCCAGAAUCCGAGCAAGGUCUAUGGCAACCUGCGGACUGUGGCGGGGAGGAUGAAGGAGCGUUUCUAGGCGAUGAACGAUAAAAGAGGAGAGCAAGCAGAUGAUUUGCGCAUUUCAUGGCGUUUUGGUGGGCAGGACAGGGCGAAAUACCAUCUGACAUGGAUUUCCACACUUGCAAGAUGAUGGCAUGGCGAUUUUUUUCUUUGGUUUGGGAGAUAGAAGCAGUGUUGAAAUUUAUCUCCAGUUGACUCCAUAUACAUUACAGGGCGGAUCAUUCGAAACCCACUGUCUGCAUCAUAAAACACUUUUUCCUGUCCCUACUCAUACCUACCAGUAGCGAUUU